AUGUCUCAAGAGAUUCCGCAGAAGAUGCCGAAGAAGAUGUGGAACGUCCUCGAGAACAACCCAGAGGUCAUGAACCACCUGGCUCAAGACCUCGGUCUGGACACGACAGCGCUCUCUUUCUACGACAUCUACUCACUCACUGACUCCGACAUGCUGAGCUUCAUCCCGCGACCAGCGGUAGCACUACUUGUCAUCAUUCCUCUGACACCAACCUGGGACGAGGCCCGAACAACAGAAGACAAAGACAAGACCGAGUACGAGGGUAAAGGCGACGCCGAACCAGUCAUAUGGUUCAAGCAGACCAUAGGAAACGCGUGCGGUAGCAUAGGUCUAGUGCACUGUCUGCUCAACAGCGACGCUGCACAGCACAUCCAGCCCUCUUCAACCCUAGCCCAGAUCCGCGAAGACGCGCUACCAAAGCCCAUCUGGGAGCGCGCGAGAGUACUCGAAGACUCCGACGCGUUCGAGAAGGCUCACGCAGACGUCGUGAAAUUAGGAGAUUCUGCCGCGCCUGCAGAGAUCGAGGAGGCGCAUACCGGCCAGCAUUUUGUGGCUUUCGUCAAGGCGAAAGAUGGGCACCUGUGGGAACUUGAAGGUGGUCGCAUGGGUCCGCUUGAUCGGGGUGUGUUGGAGGAGGACGAGGAUGUGCUUAGUCCGGCUGCGUUGGAGAAGGGUAUUGGUCGUUUGAUGAGGAUUGAGUCUGAGAAAGGGGGAGAUCUGAGGUUCUCUGCGAUUGCGCUGGCUCCAGCGAUGAAGUGA